AUGAGAAACGACUUGAUUGAGUCAGCGGUAUCCUUUUUAUCCUCUCCUAACGUUCAAAAUGCAGAAAAGGAAAAGAAAAUACAGUUUUUAAAAAACAAGGGAUUAACAGAUGAAGAGAUUGAAGAAGCAUUUAAAAGGACAACAACAACUACUACUACCACUCCUACUUCUACAGCAACAACAGUGAAACCAAAAGUACCUUCAAGAUUACCGUAUCAGAUUGUAUACUAUUCAACCGAGCCAACCAUCACCAGGAUGAGCACACAGCAGCUAUUAAGAUAUGCCAUCCUAUUGGGCAUGGGAACCUUGAGUGUCACUGUUGUAUUGCUGACUGUAGUGAAGAAAUUCAUGUCUAAAAUAUUUAAUUCAAUCGCCAAGUAUCAGCGCAACCGAUAUAAAGACCAUACAGACGUACUCAAGGGGAUUGAAGCUAAAUUGAGAGAACACACGAGUUCGACACACGAAUCGUUGAUCAAAGAGCAGAGUCAUCUCAAUAGCGGCUUACAUCGCUUAUUGUCUUUAUCAAAUGUAGAAAGAAUCAAGAAUAGGUCUGAAUAUAAGAUGCUCAGAGCGAUUUGGGUUUACGCCUUCUUAUUCCAGCAGACUUCCAUAUGA